AUGACGGACCCUGACGAGCCAAUCAACCCUGCCUUCAGGGUUCCUGAGAAGGUGCUCGCGGCAAAGAGCGGCGACGGCGGCGGCGGACAGGGAUCAGGACCAGACUCGUCGGCGGCCAGCAGCAGGAACAGCAGCAGCAAGACAACUCACGGCGCUAGAGAAACCCCCCACCAGAGUAGACCGGCACCAGCGCGAAAAUUGACCCCGCCAAUUUUUAUUUGUCUCUGCGCCCUCAUCGUCGGUCUCAUACUUUUCUUCCAAACACCCGACAUCAGCCAAGAGAUCGAUUUGCCCAAGGAUACUCCUUUUGUCAAAUCUUUCCAAUCUUCUUCUUCCAUCUCCUCGACUUCAUCAACACAAAAGGAACUUCUUCCAGAACCAACCGCAAAGAUGUCUACCGAGCAGACCUUCAUUGCCAUCAAGCCUGACGGUGUCCAGCGUGGCCUCAUCGGCCCCAUCGUCAGCCGCUUCGAGAACCGUGGCUACAAGCUUGUUGCCAUCAAGCUGAUGAGCCCCUCCAAGGAGCACCUCGAGGCUCACUACGCUGACCUCAAGGAGAAGCCCUUCUUCCCCGGCCUGAUCCAGUACAUGCUCAGCGGCCCCAUCUGCGCCAUGGUCUGGGAGGGCCGUGAUGCCGUCAAGACUGGCCGCACCCUCCUCGGUGCCACCAACCCCCUCGCCUCCGCCCCUGGCACCAUCCGUGGCGACUUCGCCAUCGACGUCGGCCGCAACGUCUGCCACGGCUCCGACAGCGUCGAGAACGCCAAGAAGGAGAUUGCUCUCUGGUUCAAGGAGGGCGACCUGGUCAGCUACAAGGCUUCCCAGUUCGACUGGAUCUACGAGAAGGCCUAA